GUCUUUCACAGGUGUACCGGCUCCUCCCAUUUAGUCUUGCACAGGUGUACCUGCUCCUCCCCUUCAGUUUUGCACAGGUGUACCAGCUCCUCCCCUUCAGUCUUGCCCAGGUGUACUGGCUCCUCCCCUUCAGUCCUGCACAGGUGUACCGGCUCCUCCCCUUCAGUUUUGCAUAGGUGUACCAACCCCUCCCCUUCAGUCUUGCACAGGUGUACCGGCUCCUCCCCUUCAGUCUUGCACAGGUGUACCGGCUCCUCCCCUCCAGUCUUGCAUAGGUGUACUGGCUCCUCCCCUUCAGUCUUGCACAGGUGUACUGGCUCCUCCCCUUCAGUUUUGCACAGGUGUACCAGCUCCUCCCCUUUAGUCUUGCAUAGGUGUACUGGCUCCUCCCCUUCAGUCUUGCACAGGUGUACCAGCUUCUCCCCUUCAGUUUUGCACAGGUGUACCGGCUCCUACCCUUCAGUCUUGCACAGGUGUACCGGCUCCUCCCCUUCAGUCUUGCACAGGUGUACCGGCUCCUCCCUUUCAGUCUUGCACAGGUGUACCGGCUCCUCCCCUUCAGUC